AUGCCGCCUUCUCAGCUGAAACAGCUGAAAGCGUCGCUCCGUGACAGCGGGGUUGUCGGCCCCCAGCAGUCGAAGAAACAAAAACGCCAGAAUGCGAAAUCCGGUGCCACAACGCAAAAUCGGAACCAGCGCAAUGCAGCUUUGCAAGCGAUUCGAGAUCGAUUCAAUCCCUUUGAGAUCAAAGUGCCUUCGAACCGAAGCAAGUUCGAGGCGACAACUCGUGAUGGUAGCUCAACUGCUGCAGGACACUCACGUCCUGGUGUCACUAAGUCACUGGGCGAGGAAAGGCGCCGCGCCACACUUUUGCAAGAAAUGAACACUCGGAACAAAGUUGGUGGGCUUGUUGAUCGACGAUUCGGCGAAAACGAUCCGACUAUGACACCCGAAGAGCGAGCCGCCGAACGAUUUGCGAGAGAAAGCCAGAAGAAGAUGCGCAAAGAAUCGAUGUUCAACCUUGAGGAGGAGGAAGAUGAGUUCCAGCUUACUCAUUUGGGUCAAGGAUUGUCAUUCGACGAGAAGGACCGCGACGACUUCGAGAUGGGAGGUUCGGACAACGGGGAAUCAGAUGACGAGACAUCUCGGAAACGCAAGCGCUUUGUCGAGGCCGAGGAGGAAGCGGAGGAAGGAGAGGAAGACUUCAUCGACAACCCGGAGGGUGCCGAUUUGCAUGAGCGGAAAAAGUCCAAGGCUGAAGUUAUGAAGGAAGUUAUUGCCAAAUCCAAAUUUUACAAGCAUGAACGUCAACAGGCCAAAGAGGAUGACGACGAUCUUCGGGACGAAUUAGACAAGGAGCUCCCUGAUCUUUUUGAGGCCCUGCGAGGCAUGAAGGCCCCUGCUAAGCCAGAACCUCCCAAGCAAGAUCUCGAUACAAUGAACCCAGAGCGUGCGGCUAUGCUUCAGGGUCCCGAAAAGACAGACGCCGAAAAGGAAUACGACCAAAGGUUGAAGCAAUUGACAUUCGACAAGCGUUCUCAACCUACUGAUCGUACAAUGACUGAAGAAGAGAAGAUCGAAAAAGAAGCUGAACGACUAAAGAAGCUGGAGGAAGACCGGAUCAAACGAAUGCGCGGUGAACAAGUGAGCGACGAGGAGGACGAAGAAGAGGAUGAUAAAGAUUCAUUUUUCAAUGGUGAGGAGGAGGAAUCUGAUAUUGACGAUGCAACGGCUUUUGGUCUUCCCAGUGCCUCUUAUGAACCACGCCCGGACAUGGGAGUGGAGGACGAGGAUGAUUUCCUCAUUGAUGAUGAUCUGGUUGAGACAAGAUCUAAUGUCAGCCUUUCGGUGGACGAAAAUGAUAUGGAAGAGAGCGAUCUGUCAGACGAAGACGACGAAUCUGAGCAGUCGGAGCAGGAAGACGAGCUUAUUAACGGCAUGUCAUUACCGGCGGCCGGUGCUGCUUCAACAGCUGUUGCAGCUAGUCAGACAGCUGAUGGUAAGCUGUCCUUUACCUAUCCUUGUCCAGAUAGCCAUGAUGAGUUCACUGCUUUAAUAAAGGGUGUGUCGAAUGAGGAUGUCCCAACAAUCAUCCAGCGCAUUCGUGCCCUACACCACCCUCGUCUCCACCCUGACAACAAGGCCAAGCUGGGUCGAUUCUCCGAGAUUCUCGUUGAGCAUGUCUCAUAUAUGGCGAACCAACCCGAGCCAUCUUUCGUCCUCGCGGAAAGCAUCUUACGACACGUCCAUUCAUUGGCUAAAACGCACCCCAUCAACGUGGCCAUGGCUUUCCGUGCUCGCCUGCGUGAGAUUUCCAAGGAGCGUCCGUUGAACUUGCACCCUGGUGAUCUUGCCAUUUUGACUGGCAUCUCAACUGUGUUCCCUACAUCAGAUCACUUCCAUGCCGUUUCCACGCCUGCCCAUCUGUGUCUCGCUCGAUUCUUGGGUCAGUGCUCAGCUAAUACACUGUCUGAUUUUGCAACUGGCGCUUUUGCCACGAGCCUCUGUCUUCAAUACCAGGCAGUUGCUAAGAGGUACAUGCCAGAGCUGAUCAACUAUGCUCUAAACGCUCUUUGCAAUCUUGCUCCCACAGAGCCUACAACUGGUCUUGGUUCUUUCCCAUACCGAAAGUCCGAAGAAUCUGUCCGCCUGGCUCCAUCCAAAAAGGUUACUCCACGCAAGCUACAAUUCCGUGACUUGGCUGCUUCUCCAUCUGAAGGCCAGGCUAAAGAGGAAUUGAAGAUCUCGCUUGUUACCACCUUUAUCUCCCUUCUUGAUACUUCCUCGGAUCUGUGGGCUGAGAAGUCUGCCUUCACCGAGAUCUUUACACCUGUCCGUGAAAUGCUGAGCCAUCUCCAGCAAUCUUUCAAGAGUAAAGUGUACACAGCAGUCCGAGACUUGGUACAAUCAACGCUGGAUAAGAUCAAUUCCCACCUAGACCAAGCCCGGCUCACUCGUCGCCCACUCCUUCUCCACGACCACCGUCCACUGGCCAUCAAAGCUGCCAUUCCCAAGUUCGAGGAGAACUUCAACCCAGACAAGCACUACGAUCCGGACCGCGAGCGUGCCGAGUCCAACCGCCUCAAGGCCGAUAUCAAGCGCGAGCGCAAGGGUGCUAUGCGCGAACUGCGCAAGGAUGCCAGCUUUGUGGCUCGUGAGAAGCUGCGCGAGAAGAAGGAGCGCGACUCCGAAUACGAGAAGAAGUACAAGCGACUUGUUGCCGAGAUUCAGAACGAGGAGGGGCGUGCUGCGAACGAUUACGAGAAGGAGAGGCGCGGCCGUCAGGGCAAGCGCUAA